AUGUACCCCGGCUGUUUCCAUCCUCCGCACCGUGGCCACCAGGCAGUACUCAACGAAGCAUUCGCGGCCACUCAAGACAUCGAUGUCAUCGCUGCUUUUGUUGUUCCAGUAGUUUCUGGUAUCCUAGACGACAAAACCUAUGGCGACCAGCUAUCACUUACAUUAGCCGAUAAAACUCGACUUUGGACAGGGGGCGAGCCGCAUGAUUGGCUUUGGGUCUUCGAAGGUGGUGGCCCCGAUGAAUGGGAAUGCUUUCGUAGCCAGCUUGCCUUUCUGAUUGCAAAGGAUGGGUUUGACGUGGAUUUUAUCUAUCUAGCUGGGCCAGAUCAUGUAGGAAGAAAUUUCAUUAGUAAUACGGCAUGGAACUGCGAUCAUUCUAUCGUCGGCGAUGCUGGGAGAGAUGCGGACUUUAUUCGUGGCGAUGGAUCGUUGGCUCGUCUGAAAGACUGUGAACGUUGGGAGCGUGUUGAAUUGGACGGAAAUGCUAUGUUUGAGAAGUCCAAGCAAGCAGCGGAAAGUUUCCUUGAAUCACUGUCCUUCACGAUAAUGGGAGCGACGGCCUUCGAAGGGUUGUGCACCGAAAUUUAUGAGGAGUUUCGGAAUAGAAUGAAGAGGGUCAGAGUCUGCCGGCGUCGUAGGGACCCCCGACGCUGGGUGCGCUUCGUCAGGUGCGGUGAUGGUGUUAAGUUGCGCUAUAGCUCAACGGAAAUUCGACGUAUCAUAGCGACAUGCCCACUAAAUAAGUUGCUUAGAAGACUCAGGGACCAAGGGGCGGCUCUUCAUCCGGAGUUACUUGUUGAGAUAAUCAAAAAGCAAAGUUGA